ACCGAACUCACAUCACACACAAGGAUUCCCUCUUCAAUUUCUCCAUCACAAUUCAUAGGGUCUCAUUCUUCUUCGUCUUCUUCGUCCUCUUCCUGGAGCAAGCUCUGGUCUUGCUCUGCAAAUGGAGACCUAUGCUUUGCACUCGCUCUCCACCUCAACCUCCUUCUUUCGCUCAUCCUUGCUCCGCCAACGUUCUCGCUCCAUUUCCAAUGCUCAAUUCUCUUUUCCAUCGAACCCCGCUUUCCAAUCCCAUUCACUUCCAUCUCUCAGAUCACCUGUGUCUCGUUUCUCUAUCUCCCUUCCUUCCAAAUCUUCCAUCUUUAUUACUCCUACCCGUAAGUCCCCCAUAGCACACAGCCCAAUUCAAGCUUCUUCUUCGUCUUCUCCGCCACCACCUCCUCCAGCUACACAAGGCGCCAAACUCAUUCCUUUGAUUAUUUCCAUAGGUAUAGGUCUUGCCGUUCGCUUUUUAGUUCCCAGACCAGUUGAAGUCACUCCUCAGGCGUGGCAAUUGCUCUCGAUUUUCUUGUCGACUAUUGCAGGCCUGGUUUUGAGUCCAUUGCCUGUGGGGGCCUGGGCUUUUUUGGGACUGACGGUUUCCAUUGUCACCAGAACACUGACUUUCUCGGCGGCUUUUAGCGCGUUCACGAAUGAGGUGAUCUGGUUGAUUGUGAUCUCCUUCUUCUUUGCUCGUGGGUUCGUGAAGACUGGGUUGGGAGAUAGGAUCGCGACGUACUUCGUGAAGUGGUUGGGGAAGAGUACGUUGGGUUUGUCUUAUGGGUUAACGUUCAGUGAGGCGCUGAUUGCGCCGGCGAUGCCGAGCACCACCGCAAGGGCCGGUGGUGUGUUCUUGCCUAUUAUUAAGUCACUGUCGCUUUCGGCCGGGAGUCAGCCGGAACACCCUACGGCUAAGAAGCUGGGUUCUUACCUCGUUCAGACACAAUUCAGGUUAGUUUUCAGUUUUCAGUUUUCAGUUUCAAAACUGUCAGGCUGAAUAAAAUUCUCCGGCGAAAUUAGUAUAAUCUACAAACUUGUCUCAUAUGGACUUUGUAGUUGUGUCACUUUUAUGGUAAUCUUAACUGAAAAACAGGAAGAACUAUGGUGAUUAUGAUCGAUGUUCUUUUUGCAGUUCUUCGCUAGUUUCCCUGCUUUAAUGAACUAGGCAUCAUGUAUGUCUACUAUAGUUGUGCAUUACUAUUAGAAGUGAUCAUCAUAGACUGCGGUGUUGCUAGCUUCUCUGC